CGAAGUCCGUCGAAACUCGUAUGAAAUCAUUCACGAAUCGCCAACAAUGACACUGCUUGGGAUACAGCAGUUGCUGCCGCCACAAAGACAAGGCGACACAAACGGCAAUGGGAGCCGUGUCGGUGGUGUCGGUAGCAGCAGCAGCAGCAGCAGCGGCGGCGGCGGCGGCGGCAGGAGAAAGUCUGUGGCCGCCGAGGCUGCGGCUGCGGCUGCAGCAGCAGCAAACGCUGUGACCAGGCUGCAACCGCUUUUGUCAGACCACCGCCGUGAACUUUCAGAACCAUCCAUCGAACGAACCUACAAGCAUGUGCUGCACACGCUCAAACGGCACACCCCAGCCCAUCUUCGCCAACAGGAACUGUUUGCCUUGGGGUUUGCGGGCAUUGAAAUCGCCAGCUUCCUGGCAGGCGCUGCCAUCUCAUCUGCGUUUCAACUGUUUCGGCACUACGUUCUGGCACCACGACUCAGACAGGACUUUUCAGACGUCGUUGUUGACUGGCUGGUCGUGCUUGGAUCCGGCAUUGUAUGUGACGCCAUCGUUGCAUUUAAGGACGCCCACAUCAAACUGCAGGCAUAUGUUGCGCGUCGCUCCAUCGUUGGUGAUACAUCGCCAAGCGUGUAUGCCAUGCUCACCCCCGCCGUAUCCAUGUCCCCUCUCUACGCCCUCCCUUACAUCGCCAUGGCCACGGGCACCUACGACGCCAACACCAUUCUCGACGCCCUCGCCACCGAGCCUGCGGUGCUGAACGCGGCUGUGGUCAUUGGCGCAGUCGACGUGGCUCUGCGCUCCCCAACGGUGGAGAGAAUUCGCUGGCCCUCGCCCAACUCUCCCCCAGAUAUUCUCCAGGCGCACACGCACUUCUUCCGCCGCAGCAUCCACGACCGCGCCCUCCGCGCCAACUUGGUCCUCGUCCCCUUGCACGCGGCGUUUGCUGUGGUCCUGCGUCGAUCAAUCAACGACUGUCCGCGCGUGACGCACGCCACCUUUGUUGCCGGCAUCUUUGCAGCAGCAGCAGCCGUUGUCGCCGAGCACGUGGCGAUUGGGGUGCUGCUGUGGGCGGCGGCGGCGGCGACGAACCGGUUCCGGCGCGUGCUCGGAUUGCCGCCCCCAAUGUGGCGGGAGGUGCGCCCGCGCCACGAGGGGCAACAACAACAACAACAGCAGCAGCAGCAGCAACAACAACAACAACAACAACAACAACAACAACAACAACAACAACAACAACAACAACAACAACAGCAGCAGCAGCAGCAGCAAGCGACGCCUCGCAGGCGCGGUGCUCGGCGUGGCCAGGGCAUUCGAAAUCAGGAAAUCAAUAACGUGCGUUCCGCCGUGUGGCGGGGAGUGCAUCUGAGCGUGUCUCGCGCGCUGUCCUGUCGGCUCGAGGUUGAUGGAAGUAACACAGUAGCGAUAGUGAGCUACAGCAGCACAGCAGCAGUCAAGAUGAGCGUGAGUGGUGCGGCUGCGUCGUCGUUGUUGUUGUGUGCGACACCACCCGCACGCGACGAGGAACGUCCACAAGAAGACGGUCGCCGCAGCCGCAGCCGCAGUCGUGACAUGGACGACACCAGGGAUCGCAGCCGCAGCCGCAGCCCUGCACCGCGCAGCAGGAGCCGUAGCCGUAGCCCCGCGCCACGCAGCAGAAGUCGCAGCCGCAGUCCGACGCCAAGAAGUCGCAGUCGCACACCUCCCCCUCGCAGCCGCAGCCGCAGUCGGAGCAUUAGCCGCAGCCGGAGCCCCACCUACCUCGCAGCCGCAGCCAAUCAGGUCCCCAAGCGCCGCAACCGCAGCCGCUCCCGUGAUCGUUCGCGCAGCCGCAGCCGGUCGCCUGCGCGGCGCCGCCGAUACCGCAGCAGAACCCCACCCCGGCGGCGCUAUCGCGACUCGCCGCCACGCCGCCGCUUCAGCCCCGAGGGCUCCCGCUUCAGGCCCCGGCGCGCCACGCAGCGUCAGCGCGAGAACCCGGAGCCGUCGUGUGUGCUGGGGGUGUUUGGUCUGCACGACCGCACGGACGAGCAUGCACUUGAGGAGUGCUUUGGCGAAUUUGGCGACCUUGAUCGUGUCAUCAUCGUCAGGGAUAGGAAGACGGGCGAGUCGCGGCGGUUUGGGUUCAUCACCUUCAAGCGGCAGGACGACGCUGAUGCUGCCCGCGACAAGCUCAACGGCAGCGAGCUCGAUGGCCGCAGCAUCCGCGUCGAUUACUCCGCCACCAAGCGGCCACACACCCCGACUCCCGGUGUCUACCUCGGCGGCGCAAGGUCUGCAUUUUGA